AUGACUGACGACCAAUUGACAAAAAUCACCAAAAACCUGGAGCCUGGAUACCUUUCCAAUCAGGGAUACACCGUCGUAUAUUCCACGGAUGGAAAGGGCACUAAGGCAUUCAGAUAUCAGCCACAGGAUCACAAACAUUCUGGUGAACUAGUGCCACAAGCACUGGUAAGUACGAUCCUAAUCAAUGAUAAAGAAAAACAAGGAGAAUCGGAUGUUGCCACAUGCAGCCUACGCAAUGCCCAAGAGGAUGAAGGCCCAUUGGGAGGCAUUGAGGAUGUGGAGCUAGCAAACCUAAUCAGCUUUUUCAGAAACAUAGACAAACUAGAUGUUUUUCGCUCCACCCUAGCAGUUAUUAAGAAUGAUAAUUCAUUUAAGGAUAAGAACGCUACUGACAUGUUUUGUGGAGUCUCUGCCGAAACCUCCAACCAGCAUGUGGAGCUAAGAGAGUCACGGCAAAUGAGAGAUAAGGCAGACGUUAGCAAGAUGGUAAACUGGCUCCAGUCACAUCAUCCUUUCAACUACUCAACGAACCAUCCAGUGUCUACCGGUCUAGUAGCCGACGAUACAGUAAACUGUGAUGAAGCUCUCUUACAUGCGUCUAUAACAGCUACGAUCAAAGACAGUGUCGUCGAAAUCAACCCCAACCAACUAUUUCACCCAUUGCUAUGUGUUGUGCGUGACGAUGAUGACCUCAAGAAGUACUUGAGAAAUGAACUUGCAGCAAAACCUCCAUCGCUGUUUGACUGGACGUUGAUGCGUAGAGGCACUAAGUCUGGAUCGAUAGAUGUUUUAGAAGAAAUAGCACCACCUGUGAACAACUUUUCAGUGAACACAGAGCUUACAGUCGAUGGCGGGUUCCUUUUACACAGGUUUGUGUGGGCGUGUCCAGCAAAUGUCAGCAAAAUCUGCCUCCAGUAUAUGACGUACGUGGAAAAUCACUUCGGGCAAAAUGCUACUAUGGUUUUCGACGGUUACGAAUCUCCGAGCACCAAGGAUGAAGAACAUACCAAGCUCAGCGGUGUCAGUGAUAGCGAACGCUUUCUUCUUGCAUUGUACGGCUGUGGAGAUGAACGCAACUUGAACAACGUCAGAUAUCGGUUCUACCAGAGGAUAGGUACCAAACAGUCAGUCACAACGACCUUUGACGUAGCUACACUUCCGCCUACAUCUGCAGCGGCCAAACAACACUUAUAUCGAGUUUAUCACCAGGGUAAUCGCUUGCCGGAGGCAGAAUGGGGAUGGAUUUCGCAUGCAGGUCAGCUAAAACCCAUUCCAACUACAAAAGAACCAGCACCGGAACGGGUACUCAACAUCAUAUCCUGCAAUUGUAAAUCUGGGUGCGACAAUAGAUGCGGUUGCAGAAGAAACGGUUUGAAUUGUACAAAUAUGUGCGGCUACUGUGCAGGUCAUGGCUGUACAAAUCGUAUGGACUACGCUGACUUGGAUAUCGAUGACGACGUUGAACCUUUGGCUGAUGUGCUAAUCAAAUAG